AUGCUAACGCUCCUCCUCAUUUUGAAAAGAAAAGACAAGACAAAUCUCAACGGGGGAGAAGCGGAGAAGUUGGAAUCAGAUGUGAGGGAGAUGUGCAAGAAGAUAACAGAGUACAGGCAAACAACGCUACCGGAUCAUCAUCUCAGGAACACCGCCCUUUCCUCCUCCUCUCAUACACCCAACAUCGACUCCAGGUCGGAUCUUCAAAACGCCUCACUAUCUCAGCAGCAAGACUGUGGGCAGAGACUGAUUCAGCUCAAGGAAACAGUGUCGAGGAACAACGCUGGUAAUAUACCUCUACUUGUAAAGAGAGUGGGAGAGUGUGCAGAGGGGAUUCACAAACUCGAUUCUCUCAACACAAGAAGAACCAUUCACCCUGCUUUCAGAAAGCCCAGAAUCACUCCCUAA